CUAGCCGGAUCUGCUCUAGCUCUGGAUUUUGAUAUUUAUCCAUUUCUUCUUCAUCCACAGGGGCCAACAAAACCAGCACAGACACACUGCUUUUUCUUCCCCUACAAAUGGCGUAUGUUUUAAAAUUAUAUAUAUAUGUUCAUAUUCAAAUUAACUAACCUCGGAUUGGAUUGGAUUGGAUUGGAUUGGAUUCUAUCCUCUGUUAGUGUUCAACUAUAUGACAGCAGCAAACAGAUUGAAACAGUUGGUGCGCCACAUCAAACAAUGUCAAUGCCCAAUCCAAGCGAAGAAUCUCCACGCCAUCGUCGUCAAAUCCGGCGCACACCUCCACGGCCCGCUCUACUCCAACACCCUCAUCCAUCUCUACGCCAAAGCUCGCCUCCUCAACGACGCCCUCCAACUGUUCGACGAAAUGCCCCACAGGGACUUAGCCUCCUGGGCCUCCCUUUUCACUGCCUACAACCAUCUCCACAUGCCCGCCCACGCCCUCCUCCUAUUCUUUCGCAUGAUCGGCGCCGGCGACAUCAGCCCCGACCACUUUAUCUUCGCCACCGUCGUCCGCGCCUGCGCCAUGCUGCCUGCCGUCGAUGUCGGCCGGCAGCUGCACGCGCAGUUUGCAGUGUCGCCGUAUUGCAAGGACGACGUAGUCAAGUCCUCGUUGGUCGAUUUCUACGCCAAGUGCGGAUUGCCGGACGAAGCCGGGAAAGUGUUCGGAUCCAUCGUGUCGAAGAAUGUAGUGUCGUGGACGAGCUUGAUCUAUGGCUACGCGAUGGUCGGACGGGAGGGCGUAGUGAUCGAGCUCCUACGCAAAAUGCCGUGCAAGAAUUUGCGAACAUGGACCGCAGCGAUAUCCGGGUUCGUCCAAGGCAGGCAUACCGACGAGUCAUUUAGGAUUUUUAGUGAGAUGAGGAGAGACGGAGUGGAUAUCGAAGAUCCCUUUGUUUUAUCGAGCUUGAUCGCCGGCUCUUCUAGUUUAGCGUUGUUGGAGCUCGGUAAGCAAGCGCACGGAUUAGUUUUACGUCUCGGGUACGCGUCGAACGCGUACGUUACGAAUGCUUUGAUCGAUAUGUACGCUAAAUGCAGCGACCUAUCGUCGGCGAGUAAAAUUUUUCACGACAUGAGGGAACGGGAUAUCAUUUCUUGGACAUCUAUUAUAGUCGGGAUGGCGCAGCACGGUCGAGGCAAGGAAGCGUUGUCGUUGUACGACGACAUGGUUUCGACGGGUUUGAAGCCAAACGAAGUAACGUUCACGGGGCUAAUAUACGCGUGUAGCCACGUCGGCUUAGUCGAAAAGGGUCGAGCGAUUUUCAAGUCGAUGGUCGAGGAAUACGGACUACGACCGAGCCUACAACAUUACACGUGCUUGUUGGAUCUAUAUAGUCGAUCGGGAGACAUCGACGAGGCCGAGAACGUGCUCAAAUCUAUGCCGUUCAAGCCAGACGAGACGAUGUGGGCUUCUUUACUAAGUUCUUGUAUACGCGUCGGGAGAACGGAAAUCGGGGUAAGAAUCGCCGACGAUUUGCUCCAAACGAGACCCGAAUCGCCGUCGACGUUCGUGUUAAUGUCGAAUGUCUACGCUCGUGCCGCGAUGUGGGACCGUGUCUCGACGGUGAGGAAAUCAAUGAUGGGCUUAGAUCGAAGAAAGAAACCCGGAUAUAGUUGGGUCGAUUUAGGGAAUGAUAGUCGAGUGUUCUAUGCUGGCGAGACGGGAAAUUAUCCUAUGAAGGACGAGAUUUUUGCACUGUUGAAGGAAUUAGAAGCUGAGAUGAGGAAACGAGGCUAUGUACCCGAUACUACAGUCGUGUUGCACAAUAUGGAGCAACACGACAAGGAAUGGCAAUUAUUUUGGCAUAGUGAGAGGCAAGCCGUCGCCUACGCGUUGCUCGGCGGCGGCCCGCCGGAGAAACCGGUCCGGGUAAUCAAGAACCUUCGUAUUUGCGACGAUUGUCAUGUUGUCUUGAAGUUUAUAUGCGACAUUGUCCGGAGAGAGAUUGUCGUGAGGGACGCGAAUAGGUACCAUCAUUUUAGAGACGGCAAAUGUUCUUGUAGUGACUUUUGGUAAAUGAAAUACAACCAAG